UGUAUUUUUUAUAAAUGUCCGGUCGAAAGAAAAAUAAACAACGGUUCUCAUGCGAUAUUUGUGUGUAAAUAAUGACAUAAUAACGCCUUAUCCUUGACGAAGUGGGUCUGUACUAAUUCAAGUUUAACAGUCGUACUGAAUUACUGUUGAAUUCUAAUUGUUCAAUCAAAAGAAAAUUGUAUUUUCUGGUGAAAACAAAGUGCAGAGAUAUCAAUUAAAAAAAUCAAUACCACGGCUAGACAACAAUAUUCGUACGGAAGUCUUGACUGCUGUUGCGUGUUGCAUGGAACUCACGUCAAAAUAUUAUAAUAUAAUUAUUAUGUUGCCGUUGGCGGGAGGAUUGGGAAAUAAUUCAAAAAUGUUGGCAAUCAAGUAGUUUGGCAUAAAAGAUAUGCAAAUUGUAUGCAACGUUUAGUCAUAGUAGUAUAAUUUUUGUAAACAUGGUUGAUCUGAACACUAAUCCCUCAACGCCACCGGCAGCUGGGGAAAAUUCAAAAAUAAAAAGCUUGAUGGGACGUACACCUGGUAUUGGGGUACUCAAGUCGAAAUUUUUAACAGUGUUAGGAAACAGUAAUGAGUUAUUGAACGGAAUUUCAAAUAAGCUCACAUUAAGCAUCAGUUCCAGCGACUCGGAUUAUUGUGACGAUGAUGAAGAAGUUCCAAAAUUUGAUGAAACAAUUGAUUACACAAAAAUUGAUUUUGAGUCUCGUCGCAUGAAGGCUCGUCGUGCACAUGAAGAAAUCAUAUCAGGUCGUUAUCGGCAUCCGAAUUUAGCACCUAGACCUCGCUUAGAAACAACAACUGCCAAAUCAAGUGGCUCAUCAUCAAGUUCGUCAUCAUCAUCAUCGUUAUCAUCUUCAUCCAUAUCAAUACCAACAAAUAUAAUUGAUCGUUCACACGUUAGUAGUACAACACGUUCAAAUUCCAUAGAGUCACGUCAUUCCGGUGGUUAUGGGCGUCCUGGACGCGCAAUUCCAGGUGCACGGCGCAGUGAUCUUGAUAUUAAAAAGGAUCUGAUAAAAAUUAAUGAUUUCCUUAGUACUGGCCACAACGUACUGCAAAUCGAUGUACAACAAGUAGAUGAAAAACAUAAUAAUCUCGAUGUACACCAAAACAUCGCUAAUACAACAAUGACUAAUAUAGUGCCUGAUAAUGCAAUACAUUUACCUGCACGUAGUAAGAUUUCGAAUAGUAGUACAGUUACUAGCUUGCGUGAUGAUCCCGAAAUGCAGAUAAGUCCGAGUGUAGAAUCAACCGACUGGAUAAACUUUAUACGUUCUGAAUCGCAAAACUCUGUACCUUCAUGGGCAUCGUCGAUUAGUCUCGAUUGUCGUGCAGGUGAAGAACCAGUUAAAGAUUUUAUGAAAUCUUUCACUGAUGUAUUAUUUACUAAUCCUUCACUUAUUGGACUCGAGCUCAAGAGUGAAUUUGGUACAAUUGUGGGCUUAGAUGCAGGUCGUUUAUGGUUUAUACGUUUCCUAUUGGAACACAAAAACGAAUCAAAACGUGUCGAUGAAAUGACAUUUCAUUCAUUAGUGCAAUAUUUUUCAAUCGUAUUAUUCGAGUGCGGGGAGUUUGAGGAUUAUGGACCUGCCACAAUUAUCAUGAAUCUCUGUUUUUUAUUCUACCAUGAAAUUGAAGUACCUGGUUGCGAUCCAUAUUUUGAAUACCUUUUCACUUAUAUGCGACAGCAGCCAGUGUGGAAUGCUAUACGUUUCUGGAAUGCUGCUUUCUUUGAUACCCUUCAGAGUAAACGUGAACAGCUUUUGUUGCUCAAAAUCAAACGUGCUGAAAAACGUCGAAAAAAUAAGGAACAAGCACAAGUGGCUAAGGUGGAUGUACCCAUUUCCACCGAAGAAGAUGAACAAACAAAAUUACAUAUUGUUACCGAUCAGCGUCAUUUAAAUGCCGAAAACGAUGCAUCCACAUCUAGUUCUUCGCAUCAUAACAACAUUGUGACUAAUUCCAAACGAGUGUCUACAAAAGGACAGAAAAAUGUACAAGCCGAGACAGAGAAAGAUCAGCAGAGCGAACUUCGUAUGUACGAAAAUGUUGUAUUUCGAUUGUUGAGUGCCUUUACUUGCAACAUGCACUCAUUGGGUAUUCCCCAGGAUUUGUGCUUAGAUUUUUUGAAAAAACAGGCAACAAGUUGUAAUCUACCAAAAGAUAAAUUCAAACUAGUCAAGGAUAACAUUCAUCGUAUGUAUCACGAGACAGAUUUGUGGGGCGCUAAAGUCUCCUAAGCUUUUACACUUUUUUAAUAGAGUAGUUAUAGUGAAUAAAACAAUUUUCAAAUUUUAUAUAAAAAAGUUAAAACGUUAAGAAAAUUGAUUGCAAUUAUUGCCUUGUUUACAUAUGAUAUAUAUAUAUAAUAAUUUAACGAAAAAAAAACAUCAAAUGGUAUACCUAAUACUAAAGUACGAGAGAGACGUCAAUAAGAU